AUGGUAGACUGCAGACCGACAGACACCCCAAUGAUACAGAAUCACAGAUUACAGAUAGUGGAAGGAGCAAAGCUCACAGACAGGGGGAGAUAUCAGCGGCUGGUAGGGAAGCUCAUUUACCUCUCGCAUACUAGGCCUGACAUAGCAUAUGCUGUGGGAGUAGUAAGUCAGUUCAUUCACUCACCACAAGAGUAUCAUUGGGAAGCAGCUCUCCGUAUUGUGCGAUACUUGAAGGGUACCGAGGAGCAUGGAGUGUUGUUCGAGAAACAUGGGCACUUGGAAAUCAAUGGCUUCACUGAUGCAGAUUGGGCAGGAAACCCAAAUGACAGAAAAUCCACGGCAGGAUACUUUACGUUGGUUGGAGGAAAUCUUGUCACUUGGAGGAGCAAGAAGCAAAAAGUAGUUGCACUCUAA